UGGCGUCCUCCUUGUCCUGUCCCUACUGCAACUCGUAGAAUGUUUGAUCCUGUUCUUGCUUGCCCAAACGUCGAUACCCUAAACGCUUUAACAUGGUUUUGAGAUUACCGACGAAUUCAUCUCCCCAUUUGAUCUUCAAGUAUAUCGAUAGGAGUUUGAAUCUGGGCGAUGUAAAAUCUGCACGCAAUCUAUUCGAUAAAAUUCCCCAACCAGACAUUCGUGCUUGGACCCUCUUGAUUUCGGCUCACACCAAGCACGGGUUUACAGCGGAAGCUUUCGAUCUUUACAGAAAAUUUCGGGCGCUUGAUAUUGACCAUGAUAAGUUGUUGCUCUUGUCAGUCGCAAAGGCUUGUGCUUUGUUAAGGAAUCUCUCGAAAGCCAAUGAGGUUCACGGAGAUGCGGUUCGUUUUGGUUAUGUUUCAGAUACCUGUUUGGCUAAUUCGUUGGUUGAUAUGUUUUCUAAGUGUGGGUGUGUUGAGAAAGCAAGAUUGGUUUUUGAUGGGAUAAGGUGUAAAGAUGUCGUUUCUUGGACAUCUAUGGCUUCUUGUUAUGUUGGUCAUGGAUUGCCCAGACAGGGCCUUGUCACAUUCCGUGAAAUGGUGUUUUGUGGGAUAACUCCGAAUUCCAUGUCAUUGUCUUCGACUUUACCAGCUUGUGCAGAGCUGAGGGAUAAGAAUUCAGGAAGACAGAUUCACGGGUUUAUUGUAAGGAAUGGACUGGAGGGAAACAUGUUUGUGACAAGUGCACUUGUUAAUAUGUAUUCUAGUUGCUCGUGUCUUAAGCAAGCUCAAUUAGUAUUUGACAGCAUGUCUCGACGGGAUACUGUUUUGUGGAAUGUUCUUAUGGACGCAUUCUUCAGGAACAAAGAUUGUGAGAAGGGUCUCGCUCUGUUUUACAGAAUGAGAAACCAAGGUGCUGAGUUGUGCAUUUCUUCGUGGAAUACCGUCAUUGUUGGGUGUACACAAAAUGGAAAGGAUGAACUUGCUCUGCAUAUGACGAUUGAAACGCAGGAUUCUGGGUUUAAACCAAAUCACAUCACAGUCACUAGCAUAUUACCAGCCUGUACGAAUCUAGAGUAUCUUAGGGGUGGCAAGGAGAUUCAUGGGUAUGCAUAUAGAAAUGGGGUCACAAGAGAUGUAUCUGGAAUGACAGCUCUCGUUCUUAUGUAUGCAAAAUGCGGUGAUCUAGAAAAUUCAAGACGAGUAUUUGAUACCAUAGGAAGAAAAGACAUCAUGACAUGGAACACCAUGAUCGCUGCAAACUCAAUGCAUGGAAAUGGAAAAGAGGUUUUGGCAAUUUUCCACAGAAUGUUGGAAUUAGGAGUCAAGCCCAAUGCUAUAACUUUUGCAGUGGUUUUGUCUGGUUGCAGCCACUCACGGUUAGUUGAUGAAGCACGCUCAAUCUUCAACUCAAUGGAAAAAGAUCAUUUUGUUGAACCCAUGACAGAGCAUUACUCAUGCAUGGUUGAUGUCCUUAGCCGAGCUGGUUGUCUGGAGGAAGCAUAUAGGUUCAUACGUGAAAUCCCUAUAGAACCUAGUGCCAGUGCCUGGGGAGCACUGCUUGCCGCUUGUAGAGUUUACAAACACGUCGAGUUGGGAAGAAUAGCUGCAAAUAAAUUGUUUGAGAUCGAGCCCCAUAACCCGGGCAACUACGUGCAGUUCUAUAACCUCCUUGUGAAUGCUAAACUAUGGGAUGAAGCAUCUGAAAUUAGAAAAAGGAUGAGAGACCACAGAGUCAUGAAAACUCCUGGGCGUAGCUGGGUACAAGUGAGGGACAGGGUCUAUACAUUUGUUGCUGGAGACACGAGAAACAAGGAAAGCAAUAAGAUUCACUCGUUCUUGGCAGAGAUUGGUGAGAAGAUGAGAUUGGCUGGGUAUAAACCAAACACUGAGUUUGUUCUACAAGAUGUGAACCAGGAAGAGAAAGAGGAGAGUCUUUGCAGCCACAGUGAGAAGCUAGCUGUUGCUUUCGGGAUAAUGGGACUGAAAGGGGAAAGAACAAUCCGGGUUUUCAAGAAUUUGAGGAUAUGUGUGGAUUGCCACAAUGCAAUUAAGUUCAUGGCAAAGAUUGUCGGUGUAGAAAUCAUAGUUAGAGAUUCUCUUAGGUUCCAUCACUUCAGAGAUGGCUCCUGUUCAUGCAAUGAUUUCUGGUGAUUCGGGCAUAAGCUUUACCAUUACGGGUUAAAUACUCGUAACCCUUCGUGGGACGGUGUCAACCUCGGAGGUAUAGAGAGAGAAAGAGAAGAAGCGCCACCAAUGAACCAAAAAAGAAAAAAAAAAAUCCAAGCUUUGUUUAAAAAUUCUGCCGAAGCCGAGGACUAGAGGAUGUUUUGAUUGGCUAUCUAUUUGGGAAGAAGAAGGCAACGGAAGUGGCUCACAUGGUGUGGGAACAGGUUGUCCAAAAGGGAG